CUCUGUUAUCUUCCGUUCCCCGCCGGCCGAUCUGCGGACCUCCUCCGGACCUGUACUAGGAUUUAUUUAAUUCUUAUGAAACUUCAAUAAUAGCCUAGGCGCUCCUCCCAUGGUGUCCCCGGGAGACUCCCCGGCCUCUACUCGACUUUACGGAAACUAUCGGCGACCGUUUUGGGGACUUGAAAAUCAUGGAAACGUGGUUUCUGAAUCACGUCCUCGGUUUGUCUCUGUCGGUCCUCCUGCUGGGUCUGCCGGGGGCCCUCGGGGCAGGGACCCCCAGUAACAACAGUACGGAUCCGGUAACGGCAGUAUUUGAUUAUUCAACAGCCAAAGAUAAACUCCGUAACCUGGAAAACAAUGCGACUUCAACUUCAUACUCCAGCGAGAGUUUGUCACCAUCACAGAGGAACAGCCUGCUCACACGCGCUGCUGAGACACACACUCCUACUGCUGGAAACUUUGACACUGAGCAGACACAAACCUUCACAGAAACAAGCAGCGGGUCACUAGAGGACAUAAGCCUAUCUACUGAACCACUCGCCUCCACCUUUGUUGUAGCCACUACUGAGUCCAGCAGCAGCCAGAACUGGAAAGAUUUUACUAACACGGACCAGGUACCAGACGCUUCCCCUGCUGUGUCCUGGGAGGCUGGUUCCUGGAUAUUGAUAGAGAAGGCCGGACUUCCCCAGGACAGUCCAGGCACCACCCUCCGACUUGGAGAUGUCUCAGCCUUGAUGUCCAAUACAGCCGUCCACACCGACAGCACCUACACUUCCACCACCAGCCGAGCUGGGGAGAGGACCCUGCUAUCUGUCACCUCCUCUUCCAGCAACAGCACCUCCUCUGCCUUCACAGAGGACUCCAACUCUCAUCAGCCCCCCUCUACCUGGGGUAUUUCUGCUAGUGCUACAGAGACUGAGGACUACACCCACAGCGCGCCAUCCUCCAGGACUGACAGCAGGGACACAACAGACCAGCACAUGACCCAGUCCUUCAAGGGGACGUUUUCAGAAACGGGGAGCCCGGGGGGCCCAGAGGAACCCAAGGCUAAUGUCCUUUUCCUUCACACCUCCUGUCACCUCACCUGCAGAAGUUCCUACAAACAUCUCAGGGACAGACCAGGGUCCGGCUCUAGUGUUGGAAGCUCCACUGAGUCCUCCACUGGAGCCCACAGCUCCAGCACUCAGAACCAGGAGGGCACUGAGGGGGUUUCGUCCCAGACCAGGGAGGGAAACGUGACCUUGGUUCUGACCACAGCACCCCCUACAGUCACCAGUAGUACAUCUGAACUGGAUGACUCUCUGACAGGCACUCCAGUGCUGAUUACUAAGGUCUUCCUCACCACCACACCUGUCACUGUUACAGAAAGAUCACAGAUAACAGAGGAAGACACUUUCAAAGCCACUGCCUCAGCCACCACCACCACCAGCACCCCCACCACCACCACCACUACCAUACUUCCUCCAACAGUAACCUCAUCCCCCAGGUUCAGUAGCACCACUAGCAGCUCUACUCCAGGGUCACCUACCGAUGCCACCAUCCCGUACACUCCACCCUCCACCACAGCCUCCACACAGGUCCUGCAGACCAGCACAGCCCAUCCAACUCACCGUGUGUCCACCAGCCAAACUCAGGAGCCCUCAACCGAGAUGGCUAACCCCACAAACAUCACCACCGUGCAGAUAGAAACAAGCACAGGUACUCUGGGAAUCACCAGGGCUCAUGGUCAGCGCAUCAUCACCACCCACACCCACAGCACCCCAACCAAGAGUACAGAGGCUCUGACCACUGGGAAACAGACAGAGAGAGGAACUACAGAGCUGGUGGUGACGACAUCAUCCACCAAGGCACCACCACCGCCACCAAGAGACCCCUGUGUGUCAAACCCUUGUAUGAACGGAGGGAUGUGUUUGAGCUCUGAAGGGCAUCGAUUCACCUGCCACUGUCAGCAGGCAUGGACAGGACGGACCUGUAACCAGGAUAUGAAUGAGUGUGAGAGCGAUCCCUGCCCAGUUGGGUCCAGGUGUGUAAACACUCGAGGAUCCUUCAGCUGUGAAUGUCCGCUCGGCUUCGACCUGGAGGACGGACGCACCUGCACCAGAGCAAAGACGUUUCUGGGAACUUUCAGUGUUAACAGGCAGCCACAUGACACAGUUGUCCUCAAGAGCGCCACCCUGCAAGAAAUCCAGAGAGAGAUCAUUCAGCUGCUCAAUGCUUCGUUGUCAGUCCUCCGAGGUUACAGCCGCUCCACGUUGAGCAAGAAAGAAGAGGACGGGGUUCAUAUCUCAGCUGUCAACAUGUUUUCCAUAUACACUGAUGUGACAAGUGCUGAGGUCUACAACAGCAUCCAGAUGUAUCUCAGCAACUGCAGCUCCUCACUGGCACACUGCCGGAUGGUCCUGCACCACCAGCUCACGUAUCACAUGGAAAGUCUUUGUGUGGCCCAGAAGACUCAGUGUGAUACAGAACGCUCCACCUGCACAGACAACAGUGGCACAGCCUCCUGCCAGUGCCUUCAAGGAUACUAUAAACACAACCCUGACGACCUCUCCUGCCUAAAUUGUGGGGAUGGCUACAAGCUGGAAAAUGGCACUUGUGUUCCGUGCGUGUUUGGAUUUGGAGGAUUCAACUGUGGAAAUUUUUACAAGCUGAUUGCAGUCGUGGUGUCACCUGCAGGGGGUGCUCUGCUCCUCAUUCUCAUCAUCGCUCUCAUUGUCACCUGCUGCAAAAGAGACAAGAAUGACAUCAACAAGAUCAUCUUCAAGAGUGGAGACCUCCAGAUGUCCCCCUAUGCAGAUUUCCCCAAAAAUAACCGCAUAUCCACGGAGUGGGGCAGGGAGACCAUAGAGAUGCAAGAGAACGGCAGCACCAAGAACCUGCUUCAGAUGACUGACAUUUACUACUCUCCUGCAUUGCGCAACUCAGAUCUGGAGAGAAAUGGAUUAUACCCAUUCCCGGGCCUGCCGGGUUCUCGCCACUCAUGCAUCUACCCGGCCCAGUGGAACCCCUCCUUCAUCAAUGAUGAUUCACGAAGAAGAGACUACUUCUAGCUGCCCCACCCUGAACAUACACUCACACACACACAUACAUACACACACAUACACAGAAACGUACCAUCUCUUAUACAGACAAUUGAAAGUGUCAUGAUGGUUUUGGCGAGCCCAUUUGAACAUCUGCAUUGAGGGCUGUGUGCAAAUUAUGUAAAUGUGAGUAUGUGUGUGUGUGUGUAUGUGUCUGCAAAGUAUGGAACAUUUUUACAAGUAACACGUUUCCUGGGAGUGUUCUUGUAUGACCAUUUCAGUGUUUGUUUUUUUCAUACUUUAGCUCAUUUACUUCAACUCACAUACCGCAUUGCUGCUGUGGUUUUAGACUGUUUAAUGUGUUUUUCUUGCCUUCCAGGCAGCCACUGAUUUUCAUUUACCUCACUGUUUGAUGGAAAACAAUUUACACACACUUGAAAAGUGCUCAAAGUAGUUGAUCUAUGACAGUAAAUAUCAUGUCUGCCUUUCCUGUUGUCAGGGUUAUGUUGUUGCUGCCCGGGUAAUGCAGCGCAGAUUAGCUUGAGAAAUCUGCACUGCAUUAAUGCACAAUGGUAAAUGGAAGUAGAUACGAUGUUCACUCACUGUGCUCACAGAAAUGAUUGUGAAUUUUUGCCCGACAGGAAUGCUGGAAAAACACAUUUGAAUGAAAUUUAAAUAAUGGCAGUAAUGUAAAAUGUAUGUGGUGUGUAGCAAAUAGACUAGGACAUGCAAAAACAUUGAUAUGGUGCUUUAAGUGCUGACAUAUGAAUAUGUGCGUGCCACUGCUGUGAUUUGAAAAGAAUCAGUUUCUUCUUAGAUAAUAGUCUGAGAAUAAUAACAAACCACUGAAGGAUGCACACCAAGCUCAAUUUUAUGCCAGUAGAAACUGAGGAAUGACUUUGAAUCCUGAUGCGAACGUCUCUGUAUGUGCAAGUCCUUGACAUGUAGCAUAAUGGACAUCUCAUACAUACACACUGACAGACGUAAGAGGGAUAAACCUGUGGCUUUUAAGCGUGUGUGUUUGUGUAUGUGUGUGUGUGUAUGAGAGAGAGAGUGUGUGUCUUAAGUAUUGGUGUUCGUGAGGUGUGUGUAUGUGUGUGAGGAAUAAUUCUCUGUAUACCAGAAGAACUGUCGAUGUGUGUGUAAACAUGUAUAGUUUCUGACGUGAAGUAUUAUUUUUAUGUGACUAUUUUCUUUCUUUGUCUUUAUGUGGUCGGUUGAUUCUGGCGUUGUAGUCAGACGUGCUUAUUUAAAUUAAAAAAUGUACACAAUGUACACUUUUUUUGUUAUUGACACAGUUUGUAUUAUUUAACUGUUUGAGCUUGAGUUUAUAAAGUUAAACAUAUUGCAGAAAUGGUAUUGCAUCAUUUGAAUGAAACUAUUUCAUAACUAGAACAAGGGUGCUUAAUGAGUGAGUUUAUUCUUGACCCUGGAAACAGUAGUUUGCCAAAAAUAAAGUUAGACAGAGUUAGAUAACCCAUGCUUUGCUCAGUAGUCAUGGAGAUUACUCUGUUCUCAUCAAAAGUAUGAAAUGGUGAUAACAUGGUGACACCACCUACUGUAAGUUAUCAUUUAAGACAUUAUUAAAACAUGGAUCAUAUUAAUCUUAAGAUUUUAUUUUGUAAAACUAUAUAGUCACUGCAAUGAAGUUUGGAGCACAGGGUAAGAUGGUUAAAGCCUCCAUAGCUGAUUUUUCAAUAAUCAAGUGGAGGUGAAUUCUAGGAAUUAAUAUUUUUUCAUAUUUUUUUUAUAGUAUUACUACUAACAUACCAAUGUAUGCCAUGAUAUAGCUGGAUAUCAGUGUGGUAUUUUCUGUUGAGUUAAGUACUAGAACAAUAGUUGAUAUAAAAGGGCAAUUUGUUCCAAAUUUAAGAGAUGCAUAAAUGCACCCACAAAAUAUAUAUUAAAUUCCCUUUGUGGAUAA